AUGCCGCUGACCGCGUACCUCUUUUUAUUCUCUGCAGGUAAAAUUUCUUCUGAUGCUUUUAUCUGACUCUUAACUCUUGGGAUGCUUCCAGACAAACCCUGUUUGUUGAGCAUUCAUCCCGAUUUGUUUGCACAAAAGGGAGGUUAGACUACGUUGGCUACUUCUUGCGUUUCAGUUCCGAUUUGUCUGCAACAUCACUCCAAGCAAUAGUUUCCCUACACUUCUCAUCACUUUCCUUACUGUAAUAUGUUUUAUGGGUCUUUGGGGGGGCGGGGGCGGUGUUGUUGUGCAUUAAUGCAAAAUCUGCUCUAAUUGUAACCUAGAUUUUACCAGGAUGGGACUGAAUCCCACCCACAAAUCAAGGAGAUUCUGGAAGCAGUCUGAGCACCUGAGAAACUUGGUGGGUUGAAUAUUUAUGCGCUCUGAAACUUUCUACAGAUUACCGUAUUUUUCGCUCUAUAGGGCGCACCGGCCCAUAGGGCGCACCUAGUUUUUUUUUGGGGGGAAAUAAAGAAAAAAAAUUUAUUCCCCCCCCCAGGCGCGGGGCUGGGGCGGGGGAAGCCCGAGCUUCCCCCGACCACAGCCCCCAGAACAGGCUGCUAUCCGCAAGUCUUGGGAGCCCGGCGGGAACUCCCGCCGCGCUCCGAAGGCUUGCGGAUAGCUUCCUGAAGCCUGGAGAGCGAGAGGGGUCAGUGCACACCGACCCCUCUCGCUCUCCAGGCUUCAGCGAAAGCCUGCAUUCGCCCCAUAGGACGCACACACAUUUCCCCUUCAUUUUCGGAGGGGAAAAAGUGCGUCCUAUAGAGCGAAAAAUACGGUAGUUAAAAUAUUUUCCACCUUCUCCUUUAGCAUGUAUCUUGUUUCCAGGGCUUCAGUUGCAGGACAGUGUAGGGAUCCUCAAACAGAGUGAUGUCUCCUUCAACGUCUUCUUGCAAGAAAAGCCAGAGCGAGAAACGGCAACCGUAAACGGUCCUUGUGGUCUUUCUCCUCCACAGUGUUUCCAGCACACUUGCAGAUCCUGCAUCCAACCCAGCGGUUCCUGUUCGUGGAUAUUGGGGAGACGGCACAGAUCUCAUGCACUUCUGUAGAAGAUAUUGAAAAUCAGGCAUUAUCAUUCAGCUGGUACAAAAGAAGAGAACACGGAAUGCCGAUUUUAAUCAAGAGCUGCGAUGUUAGAAAACCCGGAGGCAGAUUUGCUUGCAAAGUUAAUCCUAACCGUCGAAAUGCCAUACUGGAGAUCCUUCAUGUGCAGAGCUCUGAUUCUGGCCAAUAUUUAUGUGCCCAAGCAAGUUCUAGUGGCUUGCAUUUCAGCAAUGCAACAUCUUCACUGAUUGUUGGAGGUAAGAAAUCAGGGCUGACGGAGCUUUGCAGUGGCACUACUCAUGUCAAUGGCAGAUUUCAGUUUGUUAAUUUUAAAGCCACUGGGGCAAAAACUAAGCCCUUUGUUCGUUCCCCGGAUAGGCAGAGCCCAAUUUCCGACCAAGAGAUGGAGUCAGGAAGAACGAGAAAAGUGCAAUUGCAUUUUAUUAUGCCGCAAACCUGGAAGUGAGUGUUCUGGUUUUCAAACGUUCUUUGGAACCCGAACGUCCAACGGGGCUUCUGCGUCUUCUGAUUAGCUGCAGGAGCUUCCUGCAGCCAAUUGGAAGCCGUGCCUUGGUUUCUGAACAUUUUGGAAGUCAAACAGACUUCCGGAACGGCUUCCAUUCGACUUCCAAGGUACGACUGUAUACUACCCCCAAGAUCAGAGGCAGCCUGUAGGUAAAUCAGCUCCUCUUCCCAGACUUCUCCCUCUGACCACUCAUCUCUGUCCCACCACCAGUCCCUGAGCUCUGAGCUUCCCCCCCCUUGGGGGGUUCCCCAGCUGGCCCCCCCACCAUUCCACUGCCUCAAACCAGUCCAUGACAUCCAGAAACAUUACUGACCAUGGAGGCAGAUCAUCGCCAUUGAUUCUGAACUCCUUUGCUUUGUUUUCCUCACCAGACAGUUAUACUCCGAGCACCUGGGUGAUGCUUUUGCAGCCCUCUAACCAAGACCCAGCUUCCCGGUUCAAGAACCAACUUGUUUGUGUGGUCCAUGGCGUGUCCAACUUCGUCCAGGUGUCCUGGGACGUCCCGGGAGGUCUCCAGCAAGAGGACCAGACCUUUUUGGCGAAAAACAGCAGUGGGUUGUUAACAUUCCUCAGUGUCUUUCGCCUCCCCAUGGAAUUACAAAACACUGGGGGUAACAUCACCUGUGAAGUCAUGUUCUCAUCCAGAACCAUUGUGAAGAAGAGUUCCGUGUUCAACGCAUGUGAGUAAUUCUGCAAGCCACUGACUUUGCUAACAUAAGACAUAAGAACAGAGGAUCUUGCCUUGUUCUGAAUCAGACCCUUGGUCCAUCUAGUUCAGCUAAGGAGUGGGAGAAAGAGACAUCUGAAGGGGAAAACGUGAUUUCAUAGACUUGGCCCUGAUCUGGUGGAACGGUCUGUCCCAAGAGACCAGGGCCCUGCGGGACUUGACAUCUUUCUGCAGGGCCUGCAAGACAGAGCUGUUCCACCAGGCCUUUGGCCAAGGCACAGUCUGACCCCCUCUCUCCUUCUGUAAUCCUCAUAGAACUCCAGCCCAAUGGUUGCCAUUACGGUAAUUUGACUCUGAAUUGAUUUUAGAAUGAAUUGAUUUUAGAAUGUUGUGUUACUCUUAUUGUUGUUAGCCGCUCUGAGCCUGGCUUCGGCUGGGGAGGGCGGGAUAUAAAUAAAAAUUUGUUAUUGUUAUUAUUAUUAUUAUUAUUAUUGAGUCAGAAGCGACCCUGUGGAUCAUCUAUCCCAACCCUCUUCAAUGCAGGAAUAUUCUGCUGUCUCAUACAGGGAUUGAACCCGAAACCUUGGCAUUAUCAGCACCGCGCUCUAGCCAGCUGAGCUAUGAGCUUAGUGGCAGAAUGGGGUGAGACGGGGAAGCUGUAGGGAGUUAAUAUGGGGGGAAUGGUGGGGGACUGGCAAGCAGGGCGGACAAGGGUGCAGCCCCUAUUAGUACAAUAUAAAUAAAUAUAGAGAACGGCAUCGUGCCACAGCUGCGUCAAACACCACCGGUGCCAGGGCUGCAGAAAAAUGUUUUAGUAUCAGUCACUGUCUCCGAGGCUGGUGGUAUAAACAAGGAACUAGAGAAACUGUUAAGACUUCUCUGUCCGGGGAAGGAAGUCCUAAGAGAACUGAUCUGAUGUUUCUUAUCUUUGUAAAAUUUCCCCUGUAGAUGCAGAGAUUCCUCAGUGCCACUUCAUAUAUACGUGGGUCCUGGAUACACUGACGUUGCUGCUGCUUCCCCUAAACUUCCUUUGGAUUCGAUUCUACCCUUCCGACUCCUAA